AGGGACAGGAGCCCGGGCAGUCAGUGGGGGAACUGAGCGCCUCCAGGUGCCCCACGUCAGCGUGCGGGCACGGGGCGGCGAGUUUGGAGUUUCAGGGAAACAGGAGGGCAGGAAGAGCCGCGAAGGCUCUCCCUUCACCGCACGGGGAGGAGGCGACCACCGCUACCUCCGAGCCCCCCGUCCCACACGGAGCCGCCGCCCCUCACAGCGAGGCCGCGCUCGGCGCCUCCUUUGUGACAGGCGGGCCGCGCCCCGCCCCCCGCGCCGUGCCGGGCGCAGCCGGAGCGGUGGCGGCGCCAUUUUGCGCUGCUGCGGGACUCGGCGCGGGGCGGCCGCGGCGGGAGGGAGGUGGCGGCGGGAGCGCUGACGGCAGCGGCGCUUAGCGGGAGCGGCGGCGGGUGCGGUUGCUGCUCGGCACUGAGCGUCCCCGUUCGCCCUAAUCUAAUCUAACCUAACCUAGCCUAGCCUAGCCCAACCCCGUGGCCGGGACCCUGCCGACAUGAGCGACGUGGAGGAGAACAACUUCGAGGGGAGGGAGUCUCGCUCCCAGUCAAAAUCUCCAGCUGGGAGUCCUGCUCGUGUAAAAUCGGAGAGCAGGUCAGGAUCUCGCAGUCCAUCGAGAGCUUCCAAACAUUCUGAAUCGCACUCUAGGUCGAGAUCAAAAUCGAGAUCCAGGUCCAGAAGACAUUCGCACAGACGUUACACUCGCUCCAGAUCCCAUUCCCAUUCUCAUUCCCAUAGGAGACGUUCUCGAAGCAGAUCGUACACGCCAGAAUACCGCCGUCGAAGGAGCCGUAGUCACUCUCCAAUGUCCAACAGGAGAAGGCACACAGGCAGCAGAGCCAAUCCAGAUCCUAAUACAUGUCUUGGAGUGUUUGGUCUCAGUUUGUAUACCACUGAGAGAGAUUUGCGUGAAGUCUUUUCCCGUUACGGACCUUUGACUGGUGUCAAUGUGGUUUAUGAUCAACGGACUGGACGAUCAAGAGGAUUUGCUUUCGUUUAUUUUGAGAGAAUUGAUGAUUCCAAAGAGGCAAUGGAGCAUGCAAACGGUAUGGAGCUGGAUGGCAGGAGGAUUCGGGUGGAUUACUCAAUCACCAAGAGAGCACAUACGCCCACUCCAGGCAUCUACAUGGGCAGGCCAACACACAGUGGAGGAGGUGGUGGUGGCGGAGCAGGUCGUCGCCGUGACUCUUACUAUGAUAGAGGGUAUGACAGAGGUUAUGACAGAUACGAAGAAUAUGACUACAGAUACAGGAGACGAUCACCAUCGCCUUACUAUAGCCGGUACCGAUCACGAUCAAGAUCCCGUUCCUAUAGUCCAAGGCGCUAUUGAAGAUCAGAAGAGUUACAGUUGAGGGCAUGAUUUUUAAAUACAAGGUUCAGAUCUUAGCUUCCCUACUGCUUCCCUCCCUCCCUUGUUCUCCAUCCAGCUAUUUUACAAAACUUUGGUUCAUUUAGAGUAUACAUAUCUUCAGUUGAAGUAUUCCUGUUUUCCAUCCCUUCUUAUUGUAAUACUCUUAAAUAUUGUAAUUGUUGUAGUUUUUGUGUAGUAAAACAUCUUAAGCAAAAUGAAAUAGAAAACCCAAAGUGUUGAUACAUUUUGGAAGUCAUUCCUAUUUUGUUUUUAAACCAAUUGGACUCCUGGCUAAUUACAAGAGAGCAACGAUAUUUUUAAAGCUUGCAUGUCAUAUGUAAUACACUCAGAUACUUUAACAUAAACCUGCAUUUCCAAGUAACUCGUUAAUCUUUCUGUUAAAAUGUUUACCUAUUACUUUGAUAAACAAAUAACGACUUUGAGCCUUUCCUGUAAUGACAAAUUUAUUUAGAUAGUCAUGAACCAGAGGAUUUCUUUUUUUGUCAGGUAGUUGCUUUGAGCGUAGAAUAUUUGAGCUAGAGCAAAAUUUGGUACUUCGCUGACCAGGAAAAUAGAUCCUUGUACACCGAAAAUUAAGACUGUAUUUUAUACAUGUUUUUGGAUUGCUACACAGUGGAUAACAUCUGAAGUUAAAACCAUAAAAAUCCUGUUUUUUUUUUAUUGUACUUGGUUGAAUUUUUCCCCCUAAUCAGUGCAGGAGAAAAAAUAUUUAUUGAACAUAGCAAUUAGUUAUAUAAUUUGCUGUUCAUUUAAACAACAACAACAAAAAACUUUCUGGUAUUGCAAUAAUGAUUUAAGCAAGUUUUGUUUCUGGUCCUUUUUGGAGUUUGAAAGUAUGGAUGGAAAAACCUGUAACUACAUGUAAACCUUUUUUUUCCCCCCUCAAUAAAAGUUAAUUCCAC